GCGGUGCCAUGGCGGAGAGCCUGCGGAGGCUGGCCAGCCUGGGCACCUGCAGGCUGCUGCAGGACAAGCUGGAAUCCUGGUACGAGGAUUACCAUCUGAAUUCGUGCGAUGAGAACGUGAACCGCUGUUGUGAGAUCAUCGAGCUGAGCUCCCGGAUCCAGGGCCAGCUCUUCUCCAUCCUCAGCCUCACCGCGCAAGAAGGAGGCUACUACGCCGGGGUGGAAACCAUCAAGACCCGCCUGCUGCCGUGGUUGGGGAACUGCUUUGCCAGCACGUCCUGGGGCCCACCCUGGGACACCCCGAAGACCCUCAUUCAGGAGUCCCUGGACAAGGACCGGCAGCUGAGGGCUCUCUGCGGCAGCCGCGACCGACAGCUCCAGGACCUGGAAUCCGAACUGACCACCAUGCGCUUCCAGCUCGGCAGGGUGCAGCAAGAUCUGGCGGAAGCCCAGCUGGCUCUCGAAGACACCAGGGCCAAAUCCUCCACCACCCUGCUGGCCGCUGAGGAGGAGAUAGUCCAGCUGAAAUCGGAGCUCCAGGCCUCUCAGGCCCAGGACGAGGCUCACCAGUGGAACCUGGCCCGGCUGGGAGACUACGAGCGGCAGAUGCAGCGGUUGAGGGAUGAGAUGGCCAAGCUGGGCGGGGAGAAAUCCACCCUCCAGAACAGGAUCUCCAGGAGCCAGUCCCCCAGCCCCGGCCCCCGUGGCAGCCGGUCCCCCAGCCCCAGGCCCCGGCCCCGGAGCCCCUCCCCGAGCCGCCCCUGGCCGACCAAUGCUUCACGCCAAGCCCACCUGGUGUCCCGCUUCAACGCCGUGUACUCCCAGGAGCGCCGGGAGGCGCAGGCCCUGCUGACGCGCUACAUCGAGGACCCGGAGGUGGUGCACCGGAUCCUGUACAUCGCCACCGUGGAAUCCUUCCGGGCGGCCAAAACAGCCUUCAGGCACUUCAAGAUCCGCGUGAGGAAGUCGCUGGCCCCGUCCCACAUGGGGCCCGAGUCCCUGGAGGACGCCGUCCUCGACUACAUCAGCCGCCAGCAGGACCUGUACGACGUCCAGGGCAGCGUCAAUGAUGUGAUCCGCGCCAUGAACGUCCACCCUAAGAUCUCAUUCCCGCCCGAAAUCGACUUCAUCCUGCUCAGCUCAUUCAUCCGGGAGCUGUGCCGCAUCGCUUUCGCCAUGCAGACCCUGCAGCCCGCCUUGGACAUCGCCCUGGGCACCGACGGCGAGCUCUUCAACGAGCGCAAGUACCGCCGCACAUACGACUCUGACUUCACCGCCCCGCUGGUCGUCUACCACGUGUGGCCGGCCCUUAUGGAGAACGACACCGUCAUCAUGAAGGGGGAGGCUUUCACCAAGAGAGGAGCUCUGUGGUGCCCGGCGAGGAGCCGGAGUCGGAGCCGAAGUCGGAGCCGGAGUUCCAGCCCCGUUCGCUCCCGCUGCACUUUCCGCCAGUUUAUGGUAUCUCGCAGCCGCAGCCCCUCCCCCUUCAGGAGCUCCAGUCCAAGUAAGUGGAGUUUGCCCCAUGGGGAAGCGGGGGGCAUGGAGGUAGAGGGGGCUCUAGCAGGGCCGGAUGUGCACCCGGAGUCCGUCCGUCAGUCCAUCUGCCUGCCCGCAUCCCCGGUGCUUCCCCCUCUUGCCCCCAACCCUCCCUUACGAUACUGUGAAUGCAAAUUCUGUCACCCUGGCAAGGGUCAACUGUCGUUUUUCCUUAGCGGGUCUUCACAACUGGAGGGCCGCAGCUUGAGCCGAGGGCCGGUGUCGGCUGACCCGGCGGCCCUCACGACCGAGGCCGCCUGGCCCAACGCGGGAGGAGAGUCCAGAUCGGCCCCCGGCCUGCUGUGGGCCCUUGGACGCUGCGCCAACCUUCUCUGGGCCUCAGUUUCUUCCCUUGUAACAAGGAUGUUUGAGGGCAGGAGGUGCUGCGGGAGAUAA